UAUUGAAGCGAUCGAUCCAGUCGCUGCCAACCUAUACAGCACAGUCUCUGAAACUCCAGCUUUCAAUAGCGAGCAAUCAUCUGUCAUGGAAACGACUAACGAAAUUUUGCCGGACAUAAUACCGUCAAAGCGCGUCCCUCGCAAACCCAAACCUUAUCAACCAAGAAAAGACAAAGUAGAAAUAGAAAUCUUUUUGGGAGACGAAGGGCCAGAGCGCGCUAAACAAGAGCCAUUGAUCGUAUACAGUACAGUCGACGAAACCAAAAAUUCUGCCAUUGAAAUGUCAAAUGUUGCUGAUUUUCGUGAUCCAGUUGCGAAUCAAUCAAAAAUCCAAGAGCAAUCUCAUCUGCCUGUCUAUGCACGCGUUAGUCCGAAGAACAAGCGUCGGAAUAUAUACACGGUCACAACAGAGGAAGUCGUUGAUAACACUGCUGGUCUUGACGACAGUGCGUCCGGCACUAACGGACAAGUUCAUUCCAUUUCGAAGGAGGAAGACACAAUUAGUGGCGGUCGAGAACAUGUGCUCGAUAUGUCUAGGAAUUACAUCUCAGAGCAAGAAAUUGUUUUGUCUAGCGAAGACAUGACGUCAGAUGUAUAUGCUGUGCCUUUACCUCGAUCUGGACUGUCACUGAUUGGUGAUGGCGACACUGGACAGUCUACUCUCUAUGCAUACGACAAGUUUACUUUCGCUGACUUACUGCAUGUAAUCAGUGAGAGCAGGCAAGAUGCCAAUACGGAGACCCAAGAAGAGAACAUGCUGUAAGCCAAGUGAUUGUGAGGUAUAUAUACACACACAGAUGUACUAUUGAGUGACAAUGACUCAAGGACGAUCAAUAACACAUAGUGUAGCAAUAGAAAUUUUGAUAGUUUGUGAGGGGGGAUUCACUAGACUUGUUAGGUAUUUGUCUGGUUAUAAGUACGAUUUUCUAAGUUCAAGGCCGUAGGAGCUAGGCCACAGAGCGUGUUCAUGCAGCAUGGCCGCUCAGGUUUCCAAGAAGUACAAUGUACAAUUAUCACGACAGCUGCCACUUCCGGUCUUGGC